AUGCCUUCAACAGAUGCUUCAACGGGAAGUGUGCCAAGCAGUGUGUCUGAAACCAUCUCACGAUUAUCUGCGAAACCGAAUGUGAAAGCUACAAUGGUACUGGAUCGAUCAAACAAUGCUAUCCUACAGACCAAUGGGUCAUUCGUGUCCUUCAGAUCCGCAGACUCUAUGCGCAGUGCAGUCAAUACAGGCGUCGCAUCCGAGACGACCUCGAUCAAAGAAGAUGGGGUGGAAGAAUUUGCGGGAAUGAUCUCCAGCUUCGUUUCUUCUGCUGGUGGUUUAGUUCAGGACCUUGACACAGAGGACGAUAUCAAACUUUUGCGACUACGAACGAAGAAACACGAGCUUGUUAUAGUGCCGGAUGCGAAGUAUAUAUUCGUUGUAGUGCACGACACACCUCCAGCGUGA